CUGACAGCGAUGAAUCCUGUAGAUUACCCGCCUGAGAUUGUUCCAUUGAAGGGAAGGUGUGAUGGGCAGUUUGAACAGCCUGGACAGCCUGGACAGCCUGGAGGACCUACAACGGUUCAGUACACCACUGUGAACAUAAACACUGAGCCCCCCCAGGACCACAUCAUCUGGUCUCUCUGCUGCUUUGUCUACUUAAACCCCUUCUGCCUCGGACUGGCAGCUCUCAUCUUCUCCAUCAAGGCCAGGGACCGGAAGGUGGUUGGAGAUCUGGAUGGUGCCCGACAUUACGGCUCAACUGCCCGCUGUCUCAACAUCACGGCCACUGUCCUGGUUUCCACCAUGAUCUUGAUUUCCAUUAUUAUAUUGACCGUCUUUAUUAUAGUGGCACAUUACCACUAAAUUUCAGUAGUGUUAAAUGAGUGACCUGUUGGUGUUGCUUGGUGAUCCUUGUGUUUGUCUGUUUUAUGCUCUUGGCACAAUUUGUAACUUGUUAUACCUGUUUAGUACAAUCCCCAAGCAAAACAGAUUCACAUUUUAUUGGUGUUCCAAAAGUCUUAAAUGGAACUACUUCUCAACUGCAAUCAAGUUUUAAUAUCAGACUUUUCCUGUAUGUGAGACCUGUGU